UCAUUUUCCAUUUCAUAUCCAAAUCUUUCAUGUCUUCUCUAGGGUUUCUUGUUUUGCUCCUCAUGAUCUCAGCUGAGAGACCUCAAGCGAUUAGAUUACUAUCCAAAACGUGGACGAUAUUGCCUUCCUUACAUUACCAAGUCAAUAAGAGAUAUAGCUUGUUUAAAGAAGAAAGUGGUACACAAGGAGUUAUUCGAUAUGGAUUUCCUUGUGGCCAUUGUUCAGGAAGAAAGAAUAGGCAACUCAUGGCCACCUUAGAUAAGGGGACUAGCAAGAACUCAGUCGAGAAAAGGGAACAAAACCCUAAUGAGGAGAAGAAGAGUGACUUUGCUAGGAAUCAAAAGGAGAUUCACCCUGUACCGGAGAGACAUACUUACCUUGAGGACAACCAAGAGACAGUAGGAAUGGAUUAUUCUCCUGCCCAGAAGAAGCCACCGAUCCACAAUUGAUCAUCAAGUGGUAAUUAAAUAGUAGUUGGUAAUUAUAGUCCCAAAGUACUCAUACCAACAACAUAGGAAUUAGCAGUAGAGAAGAUUAUAUGUAUAUUAAUAUUGUAGGUCCCGUGCACCAGUAAAAAAGAGGUGAAUUGUCUUGAAAAAAAAUAAAUAUACCCUUAUUAAAAUUUACAAGUUUGAUUAAGACAAAUAUUUUAAUAAAAUAGGCUAACAUGCAUAAAAUAAGUACGAGAUACAAGCUAUUUACUUGAUUUUCAACUAAGAAGGUUGUUAAUCUAAGGCAAAUGCAGCUCAACUAGAAGACUCUUUCAUCGACACAAGUCGAAGGCGGAGAAGCCUCCUACAAGAUGUUGACAAUGCAGAAAUUUAAAAACAAAAUAAGAACUUCGAGCACAGAAAGUGUUGUAUUAAACUACUGAGAGCA